ACUUAGCUACGGCUGAAAUAACGGGCAUUUAUGUAAGCCUCUAGCUAGAGGCUUGUGCAUGUCCCGUUGACUUACGUGCAACUUCGGCCGUAGAUGAUUAAUUCGAGCAGGCUACCGAAAACCCCAAAUCUGGCUUUGUUGGGGCACGGACCACGGUUGGGGGAUCGAACCGCGAAAUGAACACAAACAGGCGGUUUAUUGAUUGGAACUGGUAUACCUGCGAUACAAACGAGAUAAAAACGGGUACCAUUGAUGCAUACCGACACCAUGUACCAAAGCGACAUCGUCAAGCGACUGACCUGACAGAAAAUUUAAACAACUAACGCGAGUCAGUGCGGUGCAUGUAGAUGUUGUUUGGCCGCAGAACGAUGCUACAGUAAUGUACAUGUAUAUUGUGAAAGGUGGUUGUCGCCAACAAUUGAUAACAAUGGAAUGCUCAGAGUCCAGUUGGCCGUUUGCCAACAUGUAAUCGGUGCAGCACAUUUCUGGUGUCUAGGAUGGUGACAUUAAGUGUCAGAUAAACAACUCCACUUUGUCAGGCCAUCAGCAAAGAUGCGCUUUCACUCCCAUUGCCAUGGUGCCAACAUUCAGCUGUCUGAGGAUGGCAACACAGCCACGCGUGUCAGUGGCUUCAGCCACGCGAUUGUCUUUAGCAACGGACCCCUCGAACCAGGCCGGAGGGUGUCGUUUGAAUUCUGCAAAUACGAGACCUGCUGGAAUGGUGCCUUACGAGCUGGGCUGACCAAUCACAAUCCAGACGGCUUAGAUCCUGGUGCCUUACCCCAGUACCUCCUGCCCAAUUUGACUGAAUUGCCGGGUACCUGGGCCAAGUCCAUCCCGGAAAGUAAGGCAAAGACAGAAAACCUCUUCUCUCUUUUCUACACAAGAGAGAGAGUUGUACAGUUUCUUAUAAACAAUGAGCAUCUCCAGCAGUAUCAGCUCCCUGAAGGGUCGCUUGAUAUUAAGAGACCAGUCUGGGUUAUACUAGACCUACAUGGAUGGACGGUGUCUAUACGAUGCAUUCAACCAAUCCAAGAUGAUGUGCCUUCAGAAGUCCUGGCCAGGGGGCCUGAGGCUGCCGCUGCAUUCCAAGUUGCUGCCAACUCUGGGACCAAGGCGGUCCAUCGGACCCGCCUGAUGAUUGUUGGCCAAGCUGGUGCUGGAAAGACAUACCUUAAGAAGGCUCUGCUUGGACAAAGCUGUUUUGAGGAGGAAAUACCCACAGGAGGUCUUGAUACUACACAGCUGUGUCACAUUAUGACUCAAGAUGGUACUAGUAGUCCUGUGUGGCAGCAACAACGACAGGAGAAAAGUGACCAAGAGAAAGAUACGACUGCUGAAAUAGAAGAGGAGUAUGCACAGGCCAUUGCUGCCAACAUCGCUCAUGAGCUCCUGAGGCGAAGAGGCCAGGAGAAGGACAGCAUCAGCAAAGGCAGGACAGAGGACAACAGUACCCAGGCACCGGUAGGAGAUGACACCAUUGAAGACAUACAUGUAGAGAAAGGCAGUCAAGAGGCAAUUAGCCGGGAGGAGAGACGAGACGAGCCAAGGAGGGAAGACGAAGAUAAACAAGAACCGGAAAUCAUCAGCGACUUAGAGGUGACGGACUCUAACAGGAUGUCGGAGAUUGAUUCGUCCGACCUCAGUGACAGCAAAGGCCACACAACCCCCUCCACGGGCGGGGUAGACACCACCCUUGCAGAAUUCACCUCCUCCCUGGAUAGACUGGUAGCUGGGAGGGUGGCGGCUCUCGUAGAUGAGUACUUAAAGAGAAGUGAAAACAUGGAAGACAACCUCAAGGAACAGAUGGAGAAGGGAGAACCCAGAAGCAUUGACCUUAGCAUAUGGGACUUCACUGGCCAGUCAGUGUACUAUACACUACACCAGGUGUACCUGUCCUCCAGGGCUGUAUAUCUACUGACCUUUGACCUCACCAAAGACCUUGAUGCCCCCAUCCAGAGUCAGUCAGAUGGUUGCUGUGAGCAGCAGGUGGAAUGGAGCCAAGGUAAGUUUACUAACCUCGACCACAUUGACUUCUGGUUGCGGUCUGUCCAUGCCCACACGGCUGAGAAUGCUCGCAAUGUGCCCGACAACACUGCUUUGUCUCCGCCCAUCUUCAUCAUUGGGACGCACCGCGAUGGUCUGGGAUCGGACCCAGCAGAGCGAGACAGACAGGUGGAUGAGAAGUUCCGAGUGAUACGUGCUUGUACCCAGGGCAAGCCAUAUCAAUCCCAUAUCCUACCCACAUACUUUGCUGUGGAGAAUUGUUCAGAGAAUACAGAUGACCAGAUUGUCAAAUUGCGGGAAUGCAUUGAGCAAGUGGCCAGGCAGGAACCGUACAUGGGUGAACACAUUCCGCUCAAGUGGCUACGAUUUGAGCAUAGUGUGGCAGAGUUGGUCAAGAAGGGCACCAACUGCUUGCCCAUUGAAAAGGUGAAGCAAAUGGCAAGCGAAGUUGGUAUUGCUUCAGACCAGGGCGUGGCCACGAUGCUGCAGUUCUAUCAAGACCUGGGUGUGGUCAUCUACAACCCAGAGCCGGGGGUGUUGGACGUCGCCCUUCAGAACAUGGUCAUCCUCAGGCCUCAGUGGUUGAUGGAGGUUUUCAAGAGAAUCACAGAGACCAGUCAGGAUGACACAGAGUUUGCACCGUGCUGGAAGCGACUUCAUGAACAAGGCAUCCUAGAGGACCGACUAGUGGACCAUCUGUGGGCUGAGACCUUAGAGCAGAAACCAGCCCUGCUGGGACUGAUGGAGAAGUUUGAUCUGCUGUGCCGAGACCACAAAGCAAAGGGACAGAUAUGGUACUACAUGCCGUCAUGUCUCAAGGAAUUGCCCAACAGAGAAGAGCUGGUGACUGAUGCCAAGAAUGCUGUAAUCUUCUACAUCACCUUUGGUGGCUUUCUGCCUGUUGGCUUGUUCCAUCGCCUGGUAGUUCGUGCCUCUCGCUGGUCCUUAGACCAUGGAGACCAGCCCCCUAAGCUGACCUUCAGGCAGGCCCGGUUCUUUGUUGAUGAGCAGCAUGACUUUGUCUUGGAGAUGGCACCGGUCCGAUUUGCAAGACUCAAGGUGACCAUGGUGAAAGCAGAGAGAUCCGAUGAGGGAGGAUCACGCAGGAUGUCCUCCAAGGGGCCUGUGGGACAGAAGGCCUGUGCUAAGGUACGUAACUUUUUAGACACGGCCCUGUCGGACCUGCGAGCAUCUUGGAUGAAGCGGUUGACCCAUCGCUUCUCGGUUGUCUGUCCCUGCGGCAGGCGCUGUGGCCUGCACGGCACAGAGGGCUGCAAACGGCCCACGUGCCUUCACUUCCUGAACCUAGAGGAGUGCUUGGCCAGCAGCUUUGUCAUGUGUGAACACCGACAGGUCAAGACCAGUACCUUCAGGAAGUGGUUCCCAAAAGAGAAGCCAACCAUAGUGCCUUUCACCCUGAACACUCCCAGCCGCAAAGACAAGAUUACCGAAGACAACAUUCCACCUUGGGUGAAGGCUGCUAGCAAACUGCUGAAUUCUGGAUGUGAGGGGGCUGAUUGGCUUGCGCUGGCUACUAAACUAGGUUACAAGAAAGCCAAGAUUCAGAAGUUUCAAGAUGAGCUCAAUCCAGCCCUGAUCCUUAUACUGGAUUGGAUCCAGAACAGUGGUAACACAGCACUGUCCUUGGAGAUGAUGAUCUCCUACCUAGAACAGAUGCAACGAGAGGAUGUCAUUGAUGUCAUUCAGAAGGGUCAAGAGUCCAGUGCCCCAUCCCCAGUGGUUUUCAUUAGCUACAACUGGGGCAUUCAGGAGGAGGUGUGUCUAAUGCGAGACCACCUGGAGAGGGCAGGCUUUCCUUGCUGGAUGGACAUCGGUCAGAUGGGUGGAGGGGAUGCCCUGUACGCCAAGAUCUAUGAGGGCAUCCGCAAUGCAAAGGCUGUCAUCGUAUGUGUCACCCCUCAGUAUGUGCUGUCAGAGAGCUGUAACCGUGAGGUGUACUUAGCUGACCUCUUGAAGAAACCCAUCAUCCCAGUCAUGUUUGGCAAGGUUCCAUGGCCGCCCCCUGGUGGGUUGGCACUCAUAUUCUCACGGCUGAUCUAUGUUGACAUCCAUGGCGUUGGAGGUCAUGGAGGGUCUGGACGCAAAGCGGACAUUGAGACAAAGUACAGCGACAUCGUCAAUCAGAUCCGGCCGCAUGUCAGCCCCAUCAAGCCUAAGCCUAUUUUGCAGGUUGAGCGGGCAGGGUCCGGCCAGCGCACAGUGGAGACGGGCUCCCCCAAUGGUUCCCAGACGUCCCAGCCAUCGGCGCCUUUGUCACGUUCACAGCAACAGCAGCAGCAGCAGCAGCAACAGCAGGGGCAGGACUCGGAGUCUGCGGAGGGAGAGCUACGGCAGGCACCACGUGCUGCUGUCACCAAGUGCGCUGUGUGCGUGAUGCUUUGAACUCAACGGUUUUUCUAUGCAGCUUGCAGCCUCUUUGAUGGAUUGCUGUUGGCUAUGGAUAGCUCCAGUAGCUCCAACCAGCAGCUUACACAAGUGGCUUAAAAAAGCAGUUUACUCAGCGGCUUACUACUGUAAGUAGCUAGUGCAAGCGGCUGACACCACUUGUUUCAUCAGACUACUCACCGAAGGUAUUCAUUAUGCAGUAAUCACAGUGAAUGACUUUGGAAGAAUUCUUGCUUUCAUUUGGACCAGACUCCAUAACCAAAGAGUACCAGGGUCAGUUCGAUCAGAAGUCCAAGCAGAUAUUCUGCUCAGCAAUUUUUUUGAUCACUGCCAAAUAAUCAGGUAUCACACAUCAUCAGUGAACCUGGUCAGGCUGUAUUGAGCAAUGUGUGUGCUGCUAAAACUCAGUCCUAGAUAUCAGGACUGCUGGUCAGUUUCAUGGAUUGUGUUUUGUUUUAUUCAGUUUUAGUUUCCAAGUGCAAUAGAUGAACUCCCCAAAGGUCAUUUAAGGAAACCUUGUGAAAUUUGACCUCAGUGUUGACUGGCAACGUGGGUUGAGCCCAUGGGGGUGUGUUUGGUUUUAGUUUGUAAAUAGAGGCUCUAGUUUGUUUGUAUUCAAUGGAAUCAGCAUUUGCAGUACCGUAGACUGCUUGGAAUAGUUCACAAUUGAGCCAGAAGAAUGCAGUUAUCUUUUUAUCCCGUUCUGGCUCACUAAAGUGAUGACUUGGCCAUAAAGCUAGCACUGUCCUUCCUAGUCUCAUGGCAAGCCUAGCUGUAUCUUUUUGGCAAGUCAUUAACAUAGAGUCUUUGGUGUGGGAAACCACAUUGUAUUCAAAUCGGUGAUCUGCUCACUGGACAUGGAAGUAAAUUACGGUACAUGUAUAACCGUGUUCCACGUUGAACUUAACGUUACUCUGAUUGCGCAAAAAAGGUUUUUCAUUUGUUCAUUUAAUCCAAAAAACAAAUUGAUCGAAAUUUCAAAGGAGUAUUUCAAAUCAGUAUAAUAAGUCUUUAUUGUACAACUUGGUUUUCAACUUCCCAUGAUUGCUGUCAUAGCUUUCCUAUUUGAAAGGAAGUAAAAGUUGUUUAUUUUUGAAGCAUCAAUUUGGCAGUUAUGUUAGUGACUUCUGUCAAAGACACAAAACUCCACUGCCUGACAGGUUAUCUUUGUCCAACACAAAUUGCACUGGGUUGAAUAGCUAGACUUUCUAAAUAUUGCUGGGAUCAUGCAUGGCGCCAGCUGAAAUUGUCAGUGGAUCUCUAUAUUUUUCUAAGAAAAUAGUAGAAGAUUAAUCAGUGUUUGUUCCCAAUCGUAUUUUGGCUGCUAUUGCCUUUUUCUCAAAGAAUGCACAUAACUCAAAACUUGGCACCUAAAACUAAUCAUUCCAAUUUUGAAUAUUAAAAAGGUUUUGUAAAAAAUAUAGCAAAGAGCGAGACAGUGACCAAUGACAUCGUACUUCAGAUGUGCCUUUUUUGUUGUACAUAUCUGUAUAAAUCACAUAUAUUUCUUUAGUGCAAUUGAUGUUAUGUGAACUGGUUGUAUAGCUUGUAGAGUGCAAGAUGCCUGUUGUGUGCUUUGGUAUGGUGCUGUGUACACAAGAAACAUGAGUUAUAUGGCUUUCUGUGCGAAAGGUUACAAUUGAGUUUUAGAUUUUAUAAUUCCAUUAACCUAGGUUUUGGUUGUGUAUUGUUUAAAAGAUUUUGUGCGACAAAUCAAUAGAUAUUUUUUUUAGCGGAAUGGAUGAGAGCCUGUGACUCGUACACUCUAGCAUAAGUUUAUUAUUGAUUGAAGCUCUUAGCUUGCUAUCUUGUCAGGAGUGCAUUGAUGGAAGGGUAUCAGGGCACCUUUUUUUAAAUUCUGUGGUUUUCGUAUCUGGCCGAUCCUAUUGUUGUCUCCCAACCAUAGAAAAGGAAACUUUUCACGCCUCCAACCCUGUCUGUGACAUGGCUAUGAAAACAAUCCAAAAAAUCUGUCCAAUUUUGUGGUCAGUUUUUGUGGGUUACUAAUUCAAACCUCCUUAACAAAGAGUUAAUUCAGAGCAAGACAGUCUUACACUGAACACUUUGCAUCAUUUUUUUAAGCCUUACAUCCAUACAUUCAUCGUGUAAUUUUUUUGGUACAUUAUUUCUUAAAGUUCCGACUGACCAACCCUCCCGCUGAAGCCAAAACAACAGGAGAAUUAUAGAAUUAAAAAAGGACGGCCUGACUAGUGUUAGUAAAGCGAUACAUCAGUAUAGUGAUUUUGGUAAGUGUGGGGAAGCAUUUGCUCCUGGAAGGAAAUGUACCAAGGCCAGUAAAUGGGAUGACAGACAUGUAAGCAUAGGUGCAUGCAUCAAAGUAUUGCUCCCACAGACUUGACCUUGCAUGCAUAUGGCCUUGAGAUGCAUAAUCAAGCCAUACGUUUAGCUUGACCUGCAGUGGUUUGCUCCUAAUAUUGAUAUGCUGUAACUGCUUAAAAAACAUCUGUUCUUACUCAUGAGUAGUGUCUGUACUUCUGAAGUGAUUAUUGUCACUUAGAUUUUUCUUGAAAUAAUUAUUUGCUGCAAAAGCAGAUUCAAGCACUUCGAUUCAGAUUCCUUUUGUAAUACA